AUGGUCUUACUCAAGACUGUCCUCUGCGGAGCUCUGGCCGCCACCGCCGCCGCCAAGUCCGCCGUCAUCGACCUCAUCCCCAGCAACUUUGACGAUGUGGUCCUAAAAUCAGGCAAGCCCACCCUCGUCGAGUUCUUUGCUCCCUGGUGCGGCCACUGCAAGACUCUCGCCCCCAUCUACGAGGAGCUCGCCGGUGUCUUUGAGCACGCCAAGGACAAGGUACAGAUUGCAAAGGUCGACGCCGACGCCGAGCGCGACCUCGGCAAGCGUUUUGGCGUCCAGGGUUUCCCCACGCUCAAAUACUUUGACGGAAAGAGCGACAAGCCCGAGGAGUAUGGUUCCGGCCGCGACCUCGAGAGCUUGACCGAGUUCAUCACCAAGAAGACUGGCGUCAAGGCCAAGAAGAAGCUCGAGCUCCCCUCCGAGGUUGUGGAGCUCCACGACACCACCUUCAAAGAGAUAGUUGGCGGUGACAAGCACGUCCUCGUUGCCUUUACUGCUCAGUGGUGCGGACACUGCAAGAAGCUCGCCCCUAUCUGGGAGCUUGUCGCUUCCGAUUUCGCCAACGACAAGAACGUAGUCAUCGCCAAGGUCGACGCCGAGGCCCCCAACAGCAAGGCCGUGGCCGACGAGUUUGGUGUCAAGUCCUACCCCACCAUCAAGUUCUUUGCUGCUGGUGACAAGGAGGGUGUCGACUGCGACGCGACCCGCACCGAGGCCGGCAUUGUACAAUACAUCAAUGAAAAGGCCGGUACCCACCGUCUUCCCGGCGGCGAACUCGACGGCAGCGCAGGUACCAUUGCCGCCCUCGACGCUCUCGUUAAGAAGCUGACAGGCGGGGCAACGCUCACCGAAGUCGCCGCCGAAGUGAAGAAGGAGGCCGGCAAGUUUAAGGAGGCUGCUGAGCUCAAGUACGCCGAGUACUAUGUCCGCGUCUUUGACAAGCUCAGCCAGAACGAGGGCUGGGUCAAGAAGGAGUCGACCAGACUCGACAGCAUCCUAACCAAGGGCGGACUCGCCCCGUCCAAGCGCGACGAGAUCAAGACCAAGGCCAACAUCCUCAAGAAGUUUGUCGAGGAUGUCGCCGAAAAGAUCGAGGAAGUGAAGGAUGAGCUGUAG